UUCUCUUUCAAUUUCAAUUUUUUGGAAGUAUUCUCUGUAGAAAGAAAAAAGAGGUUUUUAAAUAGUGAAAUAGAUUAAAGAAAAUUAUCGGAAAGUCAAGGGUCACAAUGUGGAGAAAUGGUCGUUUUUUGUGAUAAUGAAAGAAACAACAGAAAACAUCGUUAGUGUCAAGAAAAUGUUUGCCAAGGUUCGAUCGAAAAUAAUAAAAGUUGGACAGAGAAAUUUUGGAAAAGUUGGCAUCAUCGGCGUUCCUUUCGAAAAAGGCCAGAGUAAAGCAGGAGUGGCGAAAGGACCAGAAGCUAUAAGAAACGCGGGACUUGUUGCAGAAUUAAGAACAGUUGGUCUAGACGUUCACGAUUAUGGAAAUAUAUCCUAUACACCGGAGGAAAUCCCAAAUGUUGACAACAUGUCUCAUUUGGGGGAAGUUGCGGCGUGUACGAAUCGAGUGUCACAACUUGUUCAGCAAGCUUUAAAAGAUCAAAGGCGGGUGGUUACUUUAGGCGGUGAUCACAGUGUUGGCAUUGGCACAAUAGAUGGGCACGUAAAAGUACAUGACGAUGUUGCUGUCUUGUGGGUCGAUGCACAUGCCGAUUUAAAUACAAAUAAGACAAGCGAAAGUGGAAAUGUUCACGGAAUGCCAGUUGCUCUCCUUACAUCGGAAUUAUCCGACUACUGGCCGCAUUUACCAGGAAUGGAUUGGCAAAAACCGAUGUUGUCGAUCAGGAACUUUGCGUACAUAGGACUUAGAUCUGUGGAUCGAUACGAAAGAUUGGUGAUUGAGAAAUUCGGAAUCACUGCCUUUGGAAUGGAGGAUGUUGAAACAUACGGAAUUCAUGACAUUGUUCACAUGGCUCUGAAUAAAAUUGAUCCCGAUCACGUUAAAUCGCUUCACGUCAGUUUUGACAUUGAUUCACUUGAUCCAUUAGAGGCUCCUAGCACAGGAACUCCUGUUCGUGGCGGAUUAUCCUUAAGAGAAGGAAUUCAUUUAAUGGAAGAAAUGUACAGAACGCGUAGAUUAAAUGCCGUGGAUUUAGUGGAAGUAAAUCCCGAAAUUGGAGACGAGCAUAAAGUAAAAUUAACAGUUGAUGCUGCAAUUCAAAUAAUUCAAGCAGGUGUUGGUUACUCAAGGCGUGGUUUAAAAGUGCCGAAAGGAAUUACUGACAUGCCCCUUCAGACUUUUAGAUAAUUCAAAUUACAAAGAUAUUUAUUAAGUUUUUAAUAUUAUUAAAUUACAAUAUGAUUAAUUCUUAGACUGAAAAAAUUCAUUUUUAAUUUACAAUUAUUAAUAAUAAUAAUAAUAUUUUUUCAAAAAUUACAAAUUCUCGAUUAUUAAAUUUAAAAACAUCAUCACAUUUUCGCGCCAUAGAAUUUCGUCCUUCUAAACAAAAUAUAACGACCUUUCCAUCAUAUUUAUUUAAGUAAAUUAGAAAUUUUCCUAAAGCUGAGGUGUCACAAUGCCUAAACACUUGUGCAAUCCUUUAAAAUUAUUUGAAAAUAUAAAGAAACGUAGUGAAAUAGUUUAAAAAUUUGUAAAUAAAACAAACAUCGAUUAAUAAAAUAUGGAUAAAUUGGACAUAACGAAUAAUUAUUCUCUAACAAAUAGUUAUUUUCUAUCAUCAACAACAAGUACAUAUCAUCUAGAGGAAGAAAUUGAUUUAAAUGAAAUUUUACUCGAAUACCGGUCACUUUUAAGCCUCACCAAUGACUCUGAGGCAUCGUCAUCAGUCAAGAAAAAGAAACGUCCUUCAACUAUUAUUGCUGGAAGUCACCUCAAUGAUGACUAUUGUGAUAUCAGUCAAAUAAGAAGAGAAAAAUCAUUUUUAGAAUUUGGAAAUAUUGUAAAUGAUUUACAUAUUUUUGAAAAGUCAUAUUUUAGAACAGAAAAUACAGAAAAUUCUUUGUUAUCAGGUAGAAUAGAAUUUUCAAACAGUUUCAAUCUAUCAAAUGAUUUUAAAACAAUAACAGAUAGUUUCGAGAAAAUAGAGAAUGAAUCAUGUCCAAGUUGGAUGAAUUUCAGUUAUGAUGAUUCUAAAUCAAUUAUAACCGAGUACAAUAAAAUCACUCCAGAUAUUAUAAUAUCUAAUGUUUCUGAGAAUAGUGUUGUACCCGAUAGUAAUGAUAAUAAAGAUAAUAAUGAUGAAUUUUCAAUAGCGAAUUCAAUGAAUUUGCUCAGUGUAGAUAACACUUUAAAUUUUUUUACUCGACGUAAAAAGGAACGCUAUUUUUUGUCGCCGAAGAAAUUAAUUGAAAAAUAUAAGUGCGUGGAAAAUACGAAAAUAAGAAAUUUAUCGUUAAAUGACGAUAAUCAAUCGAAAAAUUCUGAAUGUGAUUUAGAAGAAUAUAAAUUUUUAGAAACAGUUCAGAAAUUAUCAAAUUUUUGUCUCGAGGACGUUACAAUUGAAUGGCCCGCUCUGGAAGACAUUGAUCAAGACGACAGUGAAUUUUCAUUUAGUACAUCAACUCCAAAGGAAAAUGAAAAUUCUUUUUCAGACGUAUUUGCAGAUUUGAGUCCAGUGAAAAAUGUAGAUGAAGAAAAUAAUCACUCUCCAUCUUACGGAGUAAGUUCUCAACGGUAUUUUUCUCGCAGAAAAGGCUUAAAAUAUUUUAGUACUCCUUGUAAAUAAUUAAUAUUACAAACGUACUUCUAGAUUUAAUUUUAAUUUUUUUUAAUCUCAAUAUAUUAUGUAAUAACAUUAGCAUAUUAAAUAUUUAAUGAUACAAAUGUACUUUUAAAUUAUAUUUGUUUUAAUUUCCAAUUGUACUAUUCUUAAAUUCGACACAUUAAAUGAUAUUUAACUUUCA